UAGACCGUUCCAGUCAUGACCAUCCCGUCUUUUUCCAGAGAGGAAAACAAAUCGAAAUGGUUGGAUGCUCAUCACGACCCAGUUGCUUCCCUUUACACAUUUACUCAAUGUCUCGCUUUAUCUGACAUCAAAGCUGACGGCGAUUGGAAAUUGGUGAUUGGCAACCUAGGAAUCGAUAAUUACGUCACGAAACUGAAAGUUUUCCAAGGUACAACUCUGAUUCAUGAGAGUACAUUACUUGAUCUUCCGAAUGGAGUUGUGUCAUUUUACAUGGAUACUCACGAACCUAGGACCCCUGCCAUUGCUGUAUGUUCCGGACCUUUCAUAUAUGUCUUCAAGAAUCUAAGACCUUACUACAAAUUUUCAAUGCCAACUAUCGACAUUGACCCUGCUGAGCAAGAUUUAUGGACCCAAGUAAAACAGGAGAAAAUUAGUCCUUUUCAGAUGUGGGAACGUUUGGAAAGUUUGAAUUCUACUGUUAGAGGAACAGCAUUAGUUAAACACAGUUUUUUUUUUCUCUGCAUCUCCUGGCAUAUGGCAUUUCGGUGUGCCAUAGAAGCAAGAAUUGCAGUUAGUUCUUUAUGGCACCAAACUAAUCAAAGAAACAUUAUGGCAGCACUUCAAUUGUGUCUCGACCUUGGUUACAUCUCUGUUUCAACUGGUAAACGUCUCUGGAACAUCAAGCUUCCUGCCAGUGUGAUGACAAUGGAGCUCUUAGACUACACUGUGAAAGGAGUGUCAGCAGUUUUGGUGGCGCUAAGCAAUUGUACGGUGCAUAUGUACCAGGACAGGCAUCUGAUAGAUGUCAUACAAACACCAGAUGUUGUGAACGCCUUGAAAUUUGGUCGUUUUGGACGAGAAGAAGGCAACCUUAUUCUCACUACAAGAAGUGGUGGUUUAAUAGUGAAGAUAUUACGAAGACAUGCUGAUUUAGAUGUUAAAGAUGUCACACCUGGGCCACCCAUGGCACAGAAUGUCAAACUGAAUAUACCAAAGAAGACGAAACUUUUUGUCAAUCAAUCAAUCAGAGAAAGGGAAAAUCCUGUUGCAAUGUUUCGUACAUUCCAACGAGACCUGAGACUUUUCCGUUUGAACACAGCUCGUCAAUUCCUGCAUAUCUUGGAGAAUAACAACAGUCCAAUCUCUUGUGAUCCAAAGGAUCCACUGAAGAUAUCAGCCCAGGUUCAAGGAAUUGGUCCUGUAUUUAAACUGAACAUAACUUUACAGAACACCUCAUUGACAAACCCAUCGACCAACCUCUGCCUUAAUUUUGAUUACAAUCCUAGACUUUAUUCCUUCAGGAAGUCUCGUAUACCUAUUCCAUUCCUUGUGCCUGGUUUGGACUAUGUCUUUGAUAUAUUAGUUGAUUGUAAGAGCGAGAAAGGCAUCUCGGAUGACAUCAAGGUGUUGCUCUACCGGACUGGUCAUCUUCUUCCAUUGUUGACCGCUGUUAUUAGUAUGCCUGUAAGUGAGGCCAUACCAACCGACUGACCACUGCUCUUGUCAACAUUUAAUGCUUUGGAUUCGGCAACAAAACCUUCACGGGUUUUAGUUUCUUGUUUUGCAAUCAAAAUGGAUUUAUGUCAUCAUCGCUGAGAAAUAGCUGUUUGCUUAGUUUAAAGGGAAGUUGGGAUUUCAUAUUGUCCCCACCACCACCACCACCACCAUCAUCAUCAGUAUCAUCAUCAGUAUUAUUGUUGUCAUCAGCAUCUUCACAUUAUUAUCAAAAUGAUGAUGGUGUUUUAUUUAUUUAUUUUGUUCUGUCUUGUGAAAUCCUUAACUGUAAAUUCCAAUAAAUAAUUCUUGUAAACUCAA